AUGUCGCAACCACCACCAAACGCAGUUGACAUCUCGACGCUGUCAGUCCAGCAGCUUUCGGCGCUGCAAUCCCGACUCUCGCAGGAACUCGAGCACCUAAGCACAUCCUACCAACGGCUCCGAGCCGCACAAUCGCGUUUCCGGGAUUGUAUUCGCAGCAUUCAGCAGGGAGUACAGGGGAAGAGCGGAGAAACACCGCUCCUCAUCCCCCUAACCACAUCCCUCUACGUGCCCGGCACGCUUGCAACACCCGCGGACUCGUCGGAUAAAUCUUCAUCUGUCCUCGUCGAUGUCGGCACUGGCUUUUUUGUCGAAAAGACCCCGGAGGACGGCAUCAAGUUCUACACUGGCAAGGUGGAUGAGUUGACGAAGAACCUGCUCGAAAUCGAGAAGGCCGUGGGCGGGAAGAACGAGAAUCUAAGGGUCAUCGAAGAUGUCUUGAGACAGAAGAUGCUUGCUGAACAGGCUGCCGGGGCGGAUUCGAAUCAACCACGGGCGCAAGCGAGUGUAGGAUAA